GCCAUGCAGGAAAGCAUCCGUUUUGCUUCAUCAGGAGAUGAUAUUAAAAUAUGGGACUCCUCAUCUAUAACAGUGGUGGAGCAGUUCAACCCACAUACUUCGCAUUCAGUCAACUCACUAUGUUGGGGCAAUAAUAAUAUCCUUUACUAUAAUUUUCUGGUCACUGCAUCUACCAUUGGUGAUAAAAUAGUUGUUUCAAGCUGUAAGGGUAAACCUGUUCCACUUUUUGAACUAGCUGAAGGGGCAAAACAGACAUGUGUGAGCUUAAAUUCCAGUUCUAUGCAUAUUGUCAGUGGAGGCCUUGAUAACACUGUUAAAAUCUGGGAUUUAAAGUCUAGAAGACUUCAUCGAUGCCUUAAGGAUCAUAAAGAUGAAGUAACUUGUGUAACAUUUAAUUGGAAUGAUUGCUACAUUGCUUCUGGAUCUAUGAGUGGUGAAAUUAUUCUCCAUAAUGUUACUACCAAUUUAUCCAGCACUCCCUUUGGUCAUGGUAGCAGCCAGCCUAUUCGACACUUGAAAUAUUCUUCCUUUAAGAAGUCUUUAUUGGGCAGUGUGUCUGACAGUGGAACUGUAACGCUGUGGGAUGUAAAUAGUCAAAAUCCAUACCAUAAUUUUGAAAAUGCUCACAAAGCUCCAGCCUCAGAAAUCUGCUUUUCUCCUGUCAAUGAGUUGCUACUUGUCACGAUAGGUUUGGAUAAAAGGAUCAUUCUCUAUGACACAUCAAGUAAAAAACUACUGAGAACUCUAGUAGCUGAAUCUCCUCUGACAGCAGUAGAUUUUAUGCCCGAUGGCACUACCCUGGCUAUUGGCUCUUCCCGUGGAAAAAUUUACCAUUAUGAUCUAAGAAAGCUGACAUCACCGGUAAAAACAGUCAGUGCUCACAAAACCUCUGUGAAGUGUAUACGCCUUCAGUACAGUAGCACUUGUUCAAAGUCCAGCUUUAAUAAAUGUUCUUCAAAUAAACCAGCAUCCAAAAGAACAGAUGUUAAAGCGAGUAGUAAUGUGGGAGGAAUUCAGAAUACUGGCAUCAUCAAAAAUCUUACCUCUAACACACCAAUUACAGUUUCACCCCAGCCCAUGUCAACAAUUGAGAGUAAAGGAGCAGAUGUUGUUCAGGACAAAACAGGUUUUCCUCGUAGCGGCAGCAUGGAUGUAAUUCUAUCUAAAGAAACAGAUCAUGGGAAGAGUGCCAAUAUGACUAACUUUGAUGAUCUGGGACGAGAUAGUUUGGGUGACAUGUUCUCUCCAGUCAGAGAUGAUGUUGCAGUUUACAAAACAAAUGAAGAUCUUCCAGGAAAAGGAGAUGGUUUGGAUUUUCAGCCCUACUUUCCUGGUUUGGAUUUCCUUCCCCAAUUCAACACUGUGUUUCCCAUAAAAAGAAACACAGUAGGUGCUUGCAUGCAAGGGACACGUUCUAGCCCAUUACAUGCAUUUGUGGGCUCUCCUAUUAAAGAAGAAGAUGAGCAUCCAAAUCAAGAUGCUGAAGCUACAAAAAUAGAUAUUGGAAAACAAGAAUCUAGAGAACCCUUGAAACAGCUUUCAAAAUUGAGCUCAUCGAAUGCUGAGUCUGGAAAUUCAAAUACUCCACUUUUGCCCACUGUAAUCAAGACUCCGGAAGCAAAUGAGAGGCUAGGGAAGAAUAUUCAGGCACUCUUGAUGUCCGAUUCACCAGUAAAUGGUACUACCUCAGCAAGUCCAAAGAUAACUUCCUCUGUCACUGCGGGAGUUGCCAGUUCAUUAUCUGAAAAAAUAGUAGACACCAUUGGAAGUAAUAGACCAAAUGCACCAUUGACAUCCGUUCAAAUUCAUUUCAUUCAAAAUAUGAUACAGGAAACGCUGGAUGAUUUCAGAGAAGCAUGCCAUCGAGACAUUGUGAAUUUGCAAGUGGAGAUGAUUAAACAAUUCCAUAUGCAGUUGAAUGAAAUGCAUGCCUUGCUUGGAAGAUACUCUGUAAAUGAAAGCUUAGUAGCUGAAAUUGAGAGACUACGAGAGGAAAACAAAAGACUAAGGACCCACUUCUGAAAGAUC